AUGCAUUCACAACAGACUGUCUGCAUCCAGGCUCACGUGCUCACAGCCGUAUCGACAAUCCUGCCAUCGUUCUCAAUGAGAACUCCGGAUUGGCCUCACACUAGAAAAUUGAGGCUGGCGGACAAUGACUUUUUGACACCAAGACCAGUCGAUUUAAUCAUUGGAGCGGAUUUCUACGGAAGGAUCAUCAAGCCAAAUAUCAUCAAGGGGUCACCAACAACACCAAUUGCUCAACUUUCCAUUUUUGGAUGGCUCGUCAUUGGCCCAGUCAACGAAUCACACUCAAAUACUAAUUAUUCACACUUUGCAGUUGCUCAAGACGACCAGAGCAAUCUACAAGAGCUGCUCACCAAAUUCUGGGUUCAAGAGGAGUCACCAAUGGACAUUCCAAGCACGCUCACUCCGGAGGAAGAAGAAUGCGAAUCACAUUUCUGUGCGACUCACUCUCGUGAUCACACAGGAAGAUACAUCGUUCGCAUUCCACUCAAGGCACCAGCAUCGCUCUUAGGCAAUUCACACAAGAUUGCUCAAAGAUGUCUACAAAGCACUUUGCGACGACUUUCCAAGGAUUCAACAUACAACCAGCUCUACGUCGAGUUCAUGAAAGAGUACGAAGAAUUAGGACACAUGGUAAAGACUCCAGAUCACCAAAGAAUUUCAUCAAGAGAGGCUGAGAACGUUGGGCCCGACGGGGAGAUGACCUUGGCACAUGAUGUUUCGGCAUCAGGAGGGUUGAGGGUCUCUUCUGACGGUUCAACACCUCAGACCUCUGCUCAUCUUCAACCAUAUUAUUUGCCUCACCAUGGAGUUCUACGACUCGAUAGUUCAACAACGAAGCUCAGGGUUGUAUUCAACGGAUCAAAAGCUACGACAUCAGGCAAAUCAGUCAACGAUUUAAUGCAUACUGGUGCUAAUUUGCUCUUGAAUGUUACAGAUGUAGCAGUUCACAAGGAUGAUUGGGAUCUCCAGCGAAUUCUUUGGAUCGAUGAAGACCGCAAUGUCAUCCCUUACCAGCUCACAACUGUCACGUAUGGCACAAAGGCGGCUCCCUUCCUGGCGACACGAGCACUCAUGCAAGUUGUUCACGAUGAGGGUCAUCGAUUCCCUCUGGCAACGCCUUCGCUCACACAUGGCACAUAUGUGGACGAUAUCUUUGGAGGAGCAGACUCAAUCUCGGAACUUGUGGAGGUCGCUCAACAGCUGAUUGCAUUGUGCAACGCGGGCGGAUUUCCACUCGCAAAAUGGCAUGCGACUCACCCAGAUCUUCUAAGGGCUGUUUCGACAUCCACACAAUCGUCAGCUCCUAUAUCAUUUGACGACUGCACUACCAAAUUACUCGGAAUUCAAUGGAUGCCUCAAACCGACAAUUUUGGCUUUUCAUCCACGAUCACAGAUCAACCAAGUAAGUGCUCAAAACGCCUCGUAUUGUCCGAAGUGGCUCGGAUAUUUGAUCCAUUAGGUUUCGUCUCACCGGUAAUAGUACGAGCAAAGAUACUAUUACAAGAACUCUGGCUACACAAAAUCAAUUGGCACGAACCAUUACCGUCUCAAAUUGUAUCACGAUUGUUCAUCAUCAGAGAAGAUCUCAACAGCUUGGCCAAGCUAUCGAUCCCAAGAUGGUUCAACACAUGGAACAAUUCAACAGUAGAAAUUCAUGGAUUCUCUGAUGCUUCUCAACUCGCCAUGGCAGCAGUGAUUUAUAUCACUGUUAGCUCUCGGUCCAGCAACUCAAUGAAGUCACUUGUCUGUUCUAAGACAAAAGUUGCACCACUGAAGAGGCUCACAAUACCAAGAUUGGAGUUGUCUGCAGCACUCCUAUUGGCAAAACUCACAAAAUAUGUUCAAUCAACGCUCAAGGUGAAGAUCAAUGCAACGCACCUGUGGACGGAUUCUCAAGUUUCGCUCAUAUGGAUCAAAUCGCAAGCAUCACGUUGGAAGGAUUAUGUUCGGAACAGAGUCAUUCAGAUCCAAGAACUCACUCCAAAUGCGCAUUGGAGGCAUGUUCCAGGUACGUCUAAUCCAGCCGACUGUGUUUCACGAGGCAUUUCGACAGAUCAACUCCAACGAUUAGAGCUUUGGUGGAAAGGUCCUCCAUGGAUGGCUCGAAAUCAAGAUCAUUGGCCAGAGCAAAAGGAAUUCUCAACUUUAACCAGCGAGCUCGAAGCGAGACCCAAUAUCUCACUCUUUGCUUCAGCUCAAAAGCUAAGUCAUCAUUGGGAUCUCAUUUAUAAAUAUUCAUCUCUUAUUAAGCUGUAUAGACUGACUGCACUUUGUUUCAGAUUUGCCUCACGGCUUAAGAGAAAGCUCGACACUCCUCCUGUGAUCAUCAUACCAUCUUGCGACAUGGAGAAGGCGCAGCUCUUCUGGAUUCACGCGACUCAACACUUGUAUUUCACCAGCGAAAUCAAAACGCUCAACUCAAGCUCAACCCUGCCUGCAACUCACCCUUUCAGUCGCCUCACCGCCUUCAUCGAUUCGCAGGGAACAACACGAGUAGGAGGAAGACUCACCAAUACAGCGCGCAGCAGGGAUGAAAAACAUCCAGCGAUCCUCCCACGGGACGCUCACCUGUCAAAGAUCAUCAUUGAAGAUGCUCACAUGCGAACAUUUCACGGAGGAACACAGCUCACGCUCGCAUAUAUUCAACAACGGUAUUGGAUCAUCGGUGGCAGAGCUCCUGUAAAAUCUCACAUCUUGAGAUGCGUCGUGUGUGCUCGGCAGAGGGGCAUUCGUGCUCAUCAGAUGAUGGGUCAACUACCUCUCUCUCGAGUCACACCAUCACGACCAUUCGCUCACACCGGUGUCGACUAUGCAGGACCGAUCACAAUGAAAAAUUCAAAGGGAAGAUGCUCGAAAACGAUCAAAGGAUGGAUCUGCGUGUUCGUAUGUUUCUCCUCGUCAGCUGUUCACCUCGAGGUUGUCAGCGAUUACUCAACCGAGGGAUUUCUGGCAGCCUACAGAAGAUUCUCGUCACGAAGAGGGAUCGCUCACAAAUUGUACUCUGACUGUGCUACAAAUUUUAUUGGAGCACAGGCAGAGCUCAAAUGCCUGUUCACGUCAAGUUCAAGGGAGCACCAACAAAUUGCAUCGAUUCUGUCAGCAGACAACUCUCAAUGGAUGUUCAACCCACCAGCUGCUCCUCACAUGGGAGGAAAAUGGGAAGCUGUGAAAUCGAUCAAGUAUCAUCUCACGAUUGGUGAGCUCUUACUAACUUUCGAAGAGUUUUCCACUCUCCUAACACAGAUCGAAGCGGUGCUCAACUCAAGGCCAUUGGAACCGCUCAGUGACGAUCCCGGCGACAUCUCGGCGCUCACCCCAGGACACUUUCUCAUCGGCUCAGCACUCAACACGAUACCAGAACCAUCACUGCUCGACGUUUCACCAGGUAGACUGUCUAAAUGGCAGCUGAUCCAGCAAAGGAGACUUCAGUCAAUCUCAAAGUGGCAUCAUCCAUCUCACGACAUCAAGACAGGCUCGUUGGUGCUGCUCACGAACGAGCAUCUUCCACCAAGCAAGUGGCCACUCGCACGAGUGACCGAAGUUCACACCGGCAAGGAUGCCCUCACCAGGGUUGCAACUGUGAAGACUGCAACCACAACUCUUAUCCGACCGAUCACCAAGCUUGUCAUCCUACCUGUUCACCAUCAAGCUGAGCUCACCCCUGUAGAAACAUCAUCAACGAGUUGCUGA